AUGUUGGGCCCGAAUUUGGCGAUGUGUAAGAAUCACCAUCCAGGAACAAACUAUGUUUGGCAAUAACAUGAAUAGAAGAAAAAAACCAAAUGCUCAGAAUGGAAGUAAAGAGUCUGUGGCCAGCAGUGGCGAAAUGAGUGGAUCAAGUUUGGAGAACAUAUCUGGUCCCAGAGAAGGAAAGGAAGGCCUGGGCCUAUCUGGUGACAUGCCUCCUUCCAAAAUGCUGGGAAUCACAGUACAGUUCCAGGUGUAUUACUUGGGGAUGGUUCAAGACAUCCACAUGCCUGCUUCUGCCCAACGAGAUAAUGAGGCACAGCUCAUUGACUAUGUAGAGGAAGCCCAGAUGCAAGGAAAGCUUCCAAUAACUGCCAAAGAUAAAGACACUGUUAUACUUAAUGUCUCACGGCAUGGAAUCAAGGUGCUGGACUCUGCUAGACAGGAAGUGAUGCAGAGGCACCCUCUUCAUACAAUAGCUCAGGCCCUGUAUUACGACGAUGGGUUUGGGAAAACAAAUGUUGCCAUCAAGAUUGGACAAGUUGGACGAAGAGCCCCAAUUUUCCAGUGCUAUGUCUUUCAAUGCCACUCUGAGGACCAAUCUCAAGCUAUCUGUCAAAGCUUAAAGCAGUUGUUUGAUGCCAUUACUCAGAGACAUGAUGGUGUGUGAUAAACUUGUGUGUGUUUUGGUCUACCCUCUUCAGACAUACCAGUGUGCCUGUGAUGCAAUUCAAUGUGAAGUAAAUUGAAUGUAUAUCUGAACAGGCCAAAAAGACAUAUGUAUUUAGGCUGAAGUCCAGUUUGUUCAGAACAAAGAUUUCAAGAAGUGACUAGUAAAUACUCGGUAUGAAGUAUUUUUGACCAUAAGAUUUUUGUCCUUGUUUGCUGUGACUUGGCUACUUUGUUAUGGUGGGUCAUACCUAUACAAGCUGCUAAUGUACAUGGGGUGUUCUGAUAUUAUAAUAACAAUGUCCAUGUAUCACACAUGUAUCUUUGUGACAAGAAUCAUAUGAAUUAUUUAGUUUUGUAAGCUGCCAAGUUCAAAGAAAGAAAAUUUGCAUGAGAAAUUGUAUGGGCUAGUGUGCCUUACUACUUUAAUGUGAUCCUUACUGUAAAGUUCAUUAGUGUUCUAAGAAUAGACAACAUAUAUUUGACAACAAAUGCAAGCCAUAACAUUGUUAGAAAUGUUUGAAGUGGAAUGUCUUGUAUGAUGACUUGCAGAGAUAAUACCCAGUUCCACAGACUCCUAACUUGAAUUUGACUUAAGUUUUCCGUAAGUACUAGAAUGCUUCUUUGGAAAGGAGCCUAGGUCUUGUAUCUGGACUAAAGCACUCAACCAGUGUUGACCCAAUGUGUCUGAUUUAAAAACUUGUAAAAUGUUGCCUAUACAGCAUUCCACAAUGUAACGUUAAAGUUCAGUUUCAUUGAGGCCUCACCUGUCAUGCCCGUUGUACAUUUUAAUGCUGUGCAUGUAUUUAAUUGUUGUAUGUAUAAAGGGUCCUUAUUUAUGAAAAAAAGAUUGUUCUUUGUCUGGUUAUAAAUGUAUUCAGUUAAUUUCUUGAUCCUGUGAAUUUUAAUAUAUGAACUGCAUGCAGAUUCUGAGAGUUUUGUUGUUGUUGGUUAGGUUUUGUGUGUUUAGGUUUGUUUGGAAGGUAUGAUGGAAAAAGUAAGUUUCAGCACUAAAUGUGAUUUUUAUGACAUUUAUUCUUUGAUUCUAUCUUUAAAAUGCACUUUUUGGUGUAAUUUUAGAUUAUUUACUGGAAAACACACUUUUUGUGCGUAAUCUUAGGUUAUUAACUGAAAAAUGCACUUUUUGGGAGUAAUUUUAGGUUUUAUUAACUGGAAAAAAAUGCUAUUUUUGCACAUAAUAUUAAGGGGUUUUUUUUCCUGAAGAAUGCACAUUUGAGGAUAAUCUUAAGUUAUUUACUGUACCAUACAAAAAUGUGAAGGUCAUUUUGUCAAAGAGCUAAUGACGUGCCUUGGAUAUAUUAGCUAGAGUAGUGCUGGGAGUAUGAAUUUAUUUCAAACCCUUGAUUUUUAAUCUCAGCUUAUUUCUCCCUCAAAAGCAAGUAGGCAUACUUAUUUGCCUUCAGAUAUUUUGAAUGAAUGUAAUUAUUAAUAUAUUUUUGUACCUACAUGUAUAUUUAAUUUUGUACAAAGAUGUUGUUAGUUAUACAAGAUAUAGAGAAAUUUUAUAAAGCUUUUUAAGUUGGAACAUGCUGUUUGCCUUUGUACAAAUGUAGAUAAUACAAGAUAUGCUCUGCUGUAUUGUGUAAAUAUUGAUAUAUAAAUAAAUGGAAAAAAGUGUACAAGCAAGCAAAUGUAUGAUACAUGCUUUCUCAUAUAAUGUGCAUCCUGAUAAAAAUGAUUAUGUACUUCAGAUUGACUAUAAACAUCUUCCAUGUGUACCCAAGAGGCAAACAUAUGCUGCAUGAAGAUAUUUUAUCAUUUGAAAAGUUUAAUGGGUUAAUUUUUGUGUUAAAACAUUUUGUUUGUAAAUUGAAGUCUACAUUUAAUGGUUGGGUUCACGAUUACUUAAGGCAGAGGGACAGAGUUCAGUGGCUAGGUGCAACACAGGCAACCACCACACCAUCAGUGUUAGGGUUCAGUCCUCACAUUGGACAAUGUAUGGAUUCUCUGCCAGAGUAUUAUCUUGUUUAGUGUUAACAAUACACUUGGAUGGAGCUGAUUGUGCACUUUACCAUUUGUUAAAGAGUACGGUCUUCCUUCAGUGUAGCACGUGAGUAAGUACCUCAGAAGUGGGAAAGUAAU